UAUUGUUCCUACCCCACUUUCAGAAUGCUAAGUCAGUGUUUGGCUAACUAACUAGCUGUCUUUUAUUAUUGUUGUUGUUAUUAUUAUUAUUAUUAUUCCAUUUAAUAUAGUUUACAUAUGGUUUCUGAGAGAUGGAUUCUUUAGAUCACAUGCUAACAGACCCCCUGGACUCAGGGAUGGACUACGAUGGCUGUGUGAUGGAGGAGUGCAUGCUGGGAAACUGCAGAGUCCGGAUACCAGAAGAUAUUCUAGAAGAUCCAGAGAUUUUCUUCUCUGUGAUGAGUGAAAGCACCUGGUCUGAGGUUCUGACUGAUGGACAGAGACAACACCUCCGCCAGCUCCUUCCACACUUUCCAGAGAAUAAUGUUUUAGAGCAGGACAGGGUCAUUAGUGACCUCUUCAAUGGCCAGAACAUCUGCUUUGGAAAUCCUCUGCAUCUUGCUCAGAAGCUAUUUAGAGAUGGCUACUUUAACCCUGAAGUGGUCAAGUACAGGCAGCUCUGCGUAAAGUCCCAGAAAAAGCGUCAAAUCUACUCUCUCCAGCAGUACUACCACAAACUGCUCAAGCAGAUCCUCAUCUCCAGAAAGGAGUUAUUGGACAUGGCUGUACGCAGUGGGCCAGAGCUGGCAGUGAAAAGGUGUUAUCCUCCUCCUUCCCACAGAGAGGAGCGAGAGCAGCGUGUGAAGCGUAGAGUGAGACGUAUACUUCGGGAGGUGAAGACUGAGUGUGGGGACAGCAAUGUGUCCUCUGAUGAAGAUGACACGGCUUCUUGGCUGUCGACGCCUCCAUCCCCGUCUUCUCCAACACCUACAGUCUCUCUCAGGGUUCUUCCCAGUCUCUUCACCCAGGACAUGAAAACUAUAGAUAAGCCAGAGCUGGGAGAGAAGGACUUAAGAGCCAUGAUGAGAAGACACCGAGAGAAGAGGAAAAGACAGCCAGAUCAUCCUGACUUCAUGACAUCAGACUUGCACCUUGGUGACAUCAUGUCUCGAGUAAACAUCGGCAGAAAAGGAUCCAAUAUGGCUUUAAUUGACUUGGCCUUGUCUAAGAAGGAGAUGAAGGAAGAGAAAAGGAGGAAGAAGCUGCGACCCAUUAAAACCGAAUCUGACGACGGCUGUGAGGGUCAGACACCGGCGGCCUCAUUGUCUGCCACCAUUAGUGACAGCACACCUGCUCUCCUGCAGAGCGUUAAGGAAGAAGCUAUGGAGGAGUCCCAGAACAGCCCUGACACUGUGGAAGGAAUAGCCAUUAGCUUCUUUCAUCUUCUAGAAGACAUCCUUAGACAGGAGAAUCUGGCAUCCUCUUCACUGAUUGAGGAGAAAGUACAACAGUGGCAGGCCUCUGCUGCUAGUGCACUCAACCCCUGGUUCUCAAUGGCCCCCUGUUGGUCAGAGCUAUCAGUGCCCGCAAUACAGUUCUUAGCUGGGGAGACUGGCUCUAUGGCUCUACCUAGUGGCUUCACUCCAUAUGUUGAAUUCCGAGAGCUCACCCAGCAGUGGAAAUGGACUGGACCCACUCAGGACAGUGAAAAGGAUCUCAAUGCUCUUUGCUUACUUUGGCUGGAGUCAAAGGACCAGGCUGUAGUCAAGCAAGAAGGAGAAGAAGCAGCAGAACUGACUCCACCAGCUCCCAGAGUAUGGACUGAUUAUGUAGUGAGGCCCAGCACAGGAGAGGAGCGGCACGUCUUUCAAGAGCAGGAGCAGCAACGCUAUGACCAGCCUCACAAAGCCUUCACCUUUCGCAUGCAUGGCUUUGAGUCUGUGGUGGGGCCGGUCAAGGGAGUUUUUGAUAAGGAGACUUCGCUCAACAAAGCCCGUGAGCACUCACUGCUGCGCUCUGACCGUCCAGCCUAUGUCACCAUCCUCUCACUGGUGCGGGACGCGGCUGCCAGACUGCCCAAUGGUGAAGGCACCCGAGCAGAGAUUUGCGAGCUGCUAAAAGACUCCCAGUUCUUAGCUCCUGAUGUCACCAGCGCACAGGUGAAUACAGUUGUUAGUGGUGCUCUCGACCGCUUGCACUAUGAGAAGGACCCAUGCGUGAAAUACGACAUUGGCCGCAAGCUUUGGAUCUACCUGCACCGAGACCGGAGUCAGGAGGAGUUUGAGAGGAUCCACCAGGCUCAAGCAGCUGCGGCCAAGGCACGAAAAGCUCUGCAGCAGAAACCCAAACCUACCCCCAAGCCUAAGUCUGGAAGCAAGGAAGCAGCCGUGAAAAGCAGUGCUACAGAAGGCCAGAGCUCGGCACCCGAAGGGGUUUCUAUACCUGCUGUCAGCUUACCUCAACCCCCCAGCACACCAACACCGAGCACUCCAGGCACUCCAAAAUCUCCACUACCCCCUACUGUGUCCACACCAACCAAAGCAGGCGUGCCAGAUCCAGUCAAAACCAGCGUCCUGCUGGUGUCUCCUCCCUCCAUGCCUCAGCUGGGCACUUUGCUGUCUGCCACUCAGGUUGCUCCUCAGGCCUCCCAACAGGCCUCAGUGCAGCCUGCAGCUCGAGUUGUAGCUCAUUCAGCUUCAACAGGGUCUCUGUCACAGGUGCGUUUAGUUACUGCUCAACCUGGCCUUCCUGCUGCUUCCGCGGGCCAGGCAGCCACACUGAUCCACCACCAGACCCCCCACCAUAUGAGACUGCCUGUCAGUGUAGCCCACACUAAGGGCAUUGCCCAGGCUGUGGUGACUCUGCCCCUGAGGAGCCAGUCCACAGGAAGUCCUAUCCAGGUGCAGGCAUCAAGAGGUCAAACUGGUAUCUCUGUGCCAGGCCUGGCUUCUGCUGUUGCUGUCAGUAAAGCUCAGAGCAGUUCACCAGGAAGUCCUGCAGCCAACACCCCAUCUCCUGCAGUACUGCAAGGGGUCACCAGCCAGAACAUCAUCAAACAGGUUGCUAUUACUGGUCAACUCGGUGUGAAAGCCCAGAACACUACAGGCAUCCCACUGACUGCCACCAACCUCCGAAUUCAGGGUAAGGAUGUGCUGCGCCUGCCGCCCUCUUCAAUCACCACAGAUGCUAAAGGACAGACGGUAUUGCGCAUCACCCCAGACAUGAUGGCUACUCUCAAACUCACCCCUGACAUGCUGGGCAGUGCCAGCAGCACCACUGCUAAGGGCAUUUCUGCCACUCUGCAUGUGACCCCACAGCAAGCCCCUCCCACUGUUUCAUCCAACCCUGUCCCCCCAGCCACAGCUGAGGCUCUGACUGCCAAAGCUCCUUCUUCCCUGCCAGCACCAGGCACUGCUACCCUGGUAAAGGCCACAUGCGAUACUGCUAUCCGCCUCAUGCCUGCCCUGGCUGUCACCAUGGCAGACCCCAAAGCCCGCACCUUCUCUACAGUCACCUCCUCAGAUUCAAAAGCUGGCGGGACCACCAUUCGCAUUGUGCCCAGCCUGGGAGUGAUGCCACAGAAACCGGGUCAGGCGGUUCCAGUCACCACCACUACAAGUGCCAAGCCUGGCACUGCUUCUUCAGGGGCAGCCACGGUUACCAUAGCAACAAGUGGAGUUGCAGGGGCCAAAGGAGUGACACUGGGCUCUUCUGCUGUGGGUUCGUCGCUCUCUCUGGGCACUGCUGCAGCCACAGUGAGACAAGUGCCUGCCACUGCUACAGUAGUGGCCACACAACCAGGGAAGUUACCUGCAAGGAUCACGGUGCCUUUGUCCGUUCUUAGUCAACCUCUGAAGAGCAAAAGUGUGGUCACUACACCAAUACUGAAAGGAAACCUCAGUACUAAUAUCAGUAAUCUUGGCAGGAAUAUUAUCUUGACCAGCAUGCCAGCAGGCACCAAGCUCAUCGCCGGGAACAAGCCUGUCAGCUUCGUUACGGCUCAGCAGCUGCAGCAGUUGCAGCAACAGGGCCAGGCCACACAGGUCCGUAUUCAGACUGUCCCAGCACAGCAACUUCAGCAACACUCAGCAUCCAGCUCCCCUAAAUCUACAGUGUCCACUAUGGUGGUGUCUACUGCCCCCUCAGCCAAAACAACUCCUGACCCACAGUAAACGCCACCAACAACUUAAAUCAGAAUGCCAGCACCAUUCUAUGGAAAGCCAGUGUUUUGCCAGAGCUCUGCAAAAGUCUGAAAUACUGGCUUCCAUUUGACAUGGAGCUGUUGUUCAGUAUAGUAUAGAGUCCCAUGUUUGGGUGAUCCAUGGUAGGUGAAAAGGUAGAAGACCACCACAUGGACACAUUGAACCAUGACCCUUCAUGUAGUUUUAUGAAUUGAACAGCUUCCUUCUUAUAUGUUGUGUAUAUAGAGACAGUCGAUAAAAAAACGAUAAUGUGAAAUUUGAAUUGUCAUCUUAAAUAAAUAAUCUUGUUUAUUCUCUUUACCAUUUCUACAAUACUGAAACUGCAAGGCACUUUAUUAAGUAUGCCAAUAAAAUUAUAGCUAUAAUGAAUUAUACUGAAUUCCGAGAUACCAUGACUUCCUUGCUUGACCCAAACAUUUUUGACAAUUUAAUCCUGAUUAGAGCCCUGAUCUGGACCAUAGAUGGUCUGCUCAUUUUGAGCACAAUUAAAGGACAAUACCUUUCAUGAAUCAAUCCUAAUGUUUACAUUGUUCUCAGACUAUGGAUGACUGUAAUAAUGUGAAUACAACCAUGAAUGCAUAUGAGCAUCUACAUGCGAGUGCUCACACAUCAGUUUCAUCCUCAUGGAAGAAACUGGGCUGCCUCGUGUGCUGCAGGUGUUGUAUCUAUUUAAGAAGGUUGACGGAAAAUCAGCCUAAAAUUCUAAUUGUUCCAGGUGCUAUAUGGAAAAUAAAGCACUUUACCACCGCUUAGAAAAAAAAGUACUUUAUUCACAGGUUUCAUUGGAACACACACAAAUUAUGCUUAUGUUUUUGAUCAACACAUUAUUGUGGUUUUCAGUUAGGAAAGCUUGUUCAUUAUGAACAUUUAUACUAUUUGAUUAAAGUUGGAUCUAAAGCAGUCUAAUCUAUUUCUAAUCAGUUAUGUUAGGUAUUUAUUAUUCCGAUGUAUUUUUGCUGUGUUUUAAAUCAAUGGUUCUCAAUUUGAAAUCACAGUCCAACACUAUAAAAAUUAUUAUAUUUAUUAUUGAGUUCUUAUAAUUAUUGGCUUGUUUGUCUGGUCACAUGAAUGAGUUUAAUCUGAACUUAAUAACUCACAAAAGUAGAACUAUAAAUAACUGGACAUAAUGAAACAUUAAGGCAUAAUGAUAAGAUAAAAUGCUCUGUGAUGCCAUGAAAUAAAAUAACAACUCAAUAAGUGCUUUUCUACUAGAUAAACAAAAAUGCAUUUGCAGGAUUAGCGGGAUUAGCUAAAAAAAUUCCUGCAGGAGCAGGCGGGUUUGGUCAGGAAUUCUGAAGGAGCAGAAUUUGUAUCUCUACUGAUAUCAGCUGAAAUCUUCAUAUGCUAGUUACCAGAAGUCUAUUCUUCAUCCGAUUCCUGGAGCAAAGCCUUCUGGGAACUAGUGUCCGAUUGAGUGGUUUUCCUGAGGCUGAAUUCUAAAUCUGUCCUCUGCUUCCCUCCGUACCGGUUGGUGAUCCUGGAAUAUGACAGAAAAAAGUAUUCAUUCUUUUCAUUUAUACAGGGUAAUGAUAUAUAGCUGUGAUUACCAUUUGGCUAGCUCUAACACACCUGAUCUAACCAAUCAGCUAAUUACCCUGACACUCUUAUGCAAAGAAAUGUUUGUAGGCCAGGGAAAGCAUUUGCAUUGCAUCAUUUUACUUUACAUAAUGAUUUGAGAAUGAUUUGCACUCACCACCACACCGUGCUGUAGUUCACACCCACAAUCAACAAAGCUACUGCAUAAUGCCAACAGUAGCACAUAGUAAUAAACAUGAUGUUGCCGUGGUUUUCCAGAUCCCACUCUUGUCCAUUUAGAGGAUACAACACAAAACCGAUCUG